GGUAAGUAAGUCACCCCCUCCAACUGCUAUUAAGUAAUGGGGAAAUCGCGGGGUGCUCAAAGCCCCCUCCACACUGCUGCUAGCCGCAACCAGUAACCCCAAACCCCACAAAAAUAACACCACUGUCGUCGUCGUCGUCUACUGAGCUAUGUAGUAUGUGGCUUCGACCCAACGCAAUAAUAUCUGCACUAGCCAUACUUGGACAUUACUACGGAACACUGGUAACUGGCUGGAAUAGGGCAGCAUAUGCUUGUCCUGGAAUGGAAAGCAGAAACCCCCCGAAAUUAAACCAAGCCUUAAGCCCACAUUCUUCAUCCGCUAAAACUUAUACGUAGUCUGUCACUGGAACUUUUGGAAGGACUGGCUGGCUACUUGUUUCCCAAACUCGAGACUCAAUGUUUUGCGCCAUGGCCGAUCGAAGCAAAAUGGCUGAAGACCGACAGGUUCUCCUCGCAGUUUCAAUAGCGACACUCAUCAUCAUUGGCGGAUGGCUUCUAAAGUCUUCGCUACAGAGAGGGAAGUACAGGCUGCCGCCCCAGGUGCCUGGCCUGCCAAUUUUCGGCAAUACCUUCCAGAUUCCUGCUGUGCAGCAAGGUCCUUGGGCUAAGGAUCUGGCCGAAAAAUAUGGAGAAAUCACAUGGGUUUUUCUUAACUCCUCCCGAGUUGUCACAGAUCUGCUGGAGCGCCGUGCCGCUCUCUACAGCUCCCGCCCACCUUUCCCCAUGACACAAGGGAUCAUGUCCGGAGACUCGCGCAUUGUCCUGAUGCCGUACAACCAGCGGUGGAGGAUUGUCAGAAAGAUCAUGCAUCAAAUUCUCAGCGCCAGGGCUCUGGAUGUUUUCAUGCCUUUCCAGGACCUUGAGUCCAAGAACCUGAUCUGGGACUACUUGGAAACUCCUGAUAGAUGGUGGGCUGCAAAUAGUCGAUACGCAAACUCGGUCAUUAUGAGUGUUGUCUUUGGCAGGCGGUCUCUGUUGGAUGACCCAGAUGUCGUUGAGCUGUUCGAGACGGUCGAGCUAUUCUUGGAGAACCAGCAGCCUGGCAAAAAUUUAGUCGACGGGUUCCCUGUGCUCGAAAAGCUCCCCAAAAAGCUACAGUGGUGGCGUCCACGAGGCGAGGCCAUCUUUAAUAAGACAGUCAAGGUCUACCAGCGCGAAGUAGAACGUCUUGAGAGAAAGCAGAAGGAAGGCACCCAGCGCCGUUGCUUUGCCACGGACUUCCUUGAGACUGAAGAGGUGAAGAAGAUGGAUGACACCCAGAAGCUCUUCGUUUUCGGCACUCUGAUGGAAGCGGGAAGUGACACAUCCAGGGUGACAAUUGGUCAGAUCAUCGCCGCUGCUGCAACAUACCCGGAUUGGGUUGCAAGGGCGCGCACAGAGCUGGAAGCAGUGUGCGGCCCCAAUGCCGAAAGGCUGCCACAAUGGGAGGAUCGCCCUAAGCUGAAGUACAUUUCGGCGGUUGUUAAGGAGGGCUUCCGGUGGCGUCCCAACAUUGCCGAGAUUGGAGCGCCGACCAUGUUGACCAAGGAUGACGAGUACGAAGGCUACAAGUUUCCCGCGGGCACCGUUUUCACCUGGAACGCCUGGGCCAUUGCCCUGAACUCUGAAGAGUAUAAAGACCCGGAACGAUUCUGGCCUGAGCGAUUCCUUAAUGGGGAUGAAGAGAAUGCCUUGAAAGGACACUGGGCUUUUGGACCAGGACGCCGAGUCUGUGUGGGAUGGAAGGUGGGCGAGAUGAACGUGUGGAUCGCCAUUGCGCGCAUCCUCUACUGUUUUGACUUCACGCAGGUUCCUGGCAAGCCCAUCGACACCAUGACGAUUCCGCAGAUCACCAAGAAUGCGGCGCCCUUCGAUGUGGAAGUAACCGUGAGAAGCCAGGCCCACGCCGAGCUGAUCCGGCGGGACUGCGAAGAGGCUGUGAACACCAGAUAUUAGGAUGCUGCUAAGUUCAUCUGCCUCAGGUAACCGAACUGAACUACAUGAUCUACUACUGAACCAAGACAAUUGAUGUAUAUUGGACAGCCGUAAAUAAGACAUGG